AUGGCGCCCCCGAGGCUGCUGCUGCUGCUGCUGCUAAUGCUGCUCAGUGUCCGGGUCCGCGCCGACUCCGCGCCCCGCGCCGUCCCCGCGCAGAGCCGCCCGUGCGUGGACUGCCACGCGUUCGAGUUCAUGCAGCGCGCCCUGCAGGACCUGCGGAAGACGGCCUCCAGCCUGGACGCGCGGACCGAGAGCCUCCUGCUGCAGGCCGAGCGCCGAGCCCUGUGCGCCUGCUGGCCCUCCGGCCGCUGAGGACACGAUAAGCCCCCAAUAAACACUGUGUCCGCCU